AUGAGCCAGCCCCCGUUUCAGCCCCUCUGCGCGCCUCCCCGCCCGCCCCUUCCCCCGCGAUCCGUCCCGGGACUUCGCUCCUCCCGCCUGGGCUCGCCUCGCCCGCCCACCCCUCUCCUGGCAGCCAGGGGGGCGCCGGGGUCUCCCUCCGAGACCGCCCCCUGGACGAGCCAGACCAGCCAUCCCGGCGAGCGGAGCGCCGGAGCAGAGCGGGCAUCCCUGGGUGGGCAUCAUGCGGGGCUGCUGGCAGCUGUUGGCGCUGCCCUGGGCGGCGCUGGCCCUGCAGGGACCCUGGACGGGCGCCGAGACCACCGCCGGGACCACUCGGAGCGCCGCGACUUCGGAGACGACGUCCUUGAUCUGCUGGAAGCGCUCAACAUCAGCCGCUCGGUGCCAGGGAUCAGCAAGAUCAAGGGCCCCGAUCCGGGCAUCCCAGCCUGGAAGUUCCGCCGGCGAGUACCCGUCCUCACCCUGCCCUGGGACUACUCCAUCUACCUGCUGUCCACGGUGCAAGCCGCCCUCGGCUUCCACUUCGUGGCCCGCCAGAGCCCCGGCUCAGAGGGGACCCUCAUUUCCCUGGCCUCCCCGGCGGCCUCCAAGCGGGACGGGCACCCCCUCCUGCAGCUGGCAUCCAGCACCCAGGAGAACCAGCUCCGGCUGGCGUACCGGGCAGUGCAUAACAUGGAACCAGCCUCGCUGGUCUUUCCCGGGAGCACCCCUUUCGCCCACGGCCGCUGGGCGCAGCUGGCCCUCAACCUAGAACCACGGCGCAUCUCCCUCUACGUGGACUGCCAAGAACCCUUCGUCUUUGAGAACGGCCGUGGGGAGGACCUGCUCAGCCUCCUGCUGCCCCUCGACCUGCAAAUCACUUUUGCCAGCCUAGCCGGAGAUGAAUCUAGCAAGUUCCUGGGCUCCUGGCAGACGGCCGAGAUCUCCCCCCAUGGCUUCCCCCAUCGCCCCUGGCACUGUGAGAACCUGCCGGAGUUGGACCUCUUCUCUCUGCCCUACGGUCUGUCUGAGGACCAGUAUCUUGAUCUCCCAGAAGAAUCUUCUCUUGAUCUGGGGUCCUUGCCACCCUUUGGGCCGUUAGCCCUGGCAGAAACUCACCGCUACCAGCAAGAGCCCAGCCAACCAGAUUUGCCACCCCUGGGAUCUUCACGCUCUGGCGUGGCCAGCCUGGAAGACCAGAUCCAGAGACUGGAGGAGCUGGUGGAAGGACUGGGAACCAUGCUGGAUAUGGUGAAGGAACAGAAUUCCGACCUGCUGGGCUGGGUGAAGACUCUUGAACAAUGCGAGUGUCGGCGAGCGACCUGCUUUGCAGAUGGACGGCACUACGAGGAGGGGGCUUCCUGGGACCAAGACCCCUGCACCUCCUGCAUGUGUGUGCAGGGCAAGGCCGAGUGCCAACUGCAGCCCUGCCGGGGCUGUGCCGACGGCAGGAAAGAUGGUGAGAGCUGGAAGCCAGAUCCUUGUCGGAGAUGCCAGUGCGAGGUGAGCAGUGGAGGAUUGUCCCCCCGUGCUGUGCCAGCAUCCUGCCCCCCUGAGGACAGGUGUUGCCCCGAAUGUGGGGGUUGCAGGUACAAGGGACACCUGCUGAAGGACAGAGAUGGUUUCCUGGAGGAUCCGUGCACCCACUGCACCUGUGAGGCAGGCACAGUCCGGUGCCAAGUGACCGAAUGCCCCCAGCUUUUGUGCCAGGACCGCUAUACGCCACCUGGGCAGUGCUGCCCCGACUGCCGUCAAGCUUGUGAGCUGGAUGGCCGCCCGGUGGAACCUGGGCAGGAGGCGACCUCGGCUGACGGAUGCCAGCGCUGCUCCUGUUCUGAUGGAAAACUUCUCUGCUCCCGGAUUCCUUGCCCAGAGCUGGACUGUUCCAAUCCAGAGAAGGUGCCCGGAGAAUGUUGCCCCCGGUGCCAGGGUUGUGCGAAUGGAACCGCCAGGCACGAACACGGGGAAGAGUGGACGCCUCCCACGGAGCCCUGCCUGAGAUGUAAGUGCCAGGAGGGCAACGCCAUCUGCCAACGGAGGCAGUGCGCCAAUCUCUGCCGCCACCCUGCCCGCCCUCGGCUGGGGACCUGCUGCCCCGUCUGUGAUGGCUGCCUCUGGGAAGGACGCGAGUACCGGAGCGGCCACACCGUGCAGACCGCGGACCCCUGCAAACGCUGCCGUUGUGUGGCUGGCGAGGUCUCUUGCAGACAGUUGAGCUGCCCACCUGCCCACUGCAGCCAUCCUGGCAAGCGCCCAGAGGAGUGUUGCCCCACCUGUGAUGCCUGUGAAUUUGAAGGACGGUUGUACCAGGACAGAGAGAGGUUCUUGCCUGCCGCGGGAGGCCCCUGCCUGCAAUGCCAGUGCCUGGAUGGGCAUGUCCGAUGCCAGGAAGAACUCUGCCCCCCAACGCCAUGCGCCCGGCCCCUCCGAGACCCCAAACGCUGCUGUCCAGUGUGCACAGUUUGUGUUUUCGAGGACCUCGAAUUUGAAGACGGCACCGAGUGGGCACCAGCGAGAGACCCUUGCAGCAUCUGCACCUGCCACCAGGGGGAGACCGUGUGCCAUGCCCUCCAGUGCCCACCUGUCACCUGCCAGCAUCCAGCCCGGCUUCUCGGUUCCUGCUGCCCCCAAUGCCACCAGUGUCUCUACAACCAGCGCCUCUACAGCCACGGCCAAGAGUUCGCCGAUCCAGACAAUUCCUGCCAGAACUGCCAGUGCAAGGGGGGCACCGUCCACUGCUCACCUACUGUUUGCCCACCAGUGACUUGCCCCCACCCAGAGCGGAGGCCUGGAUCCUGCUGCCCCACCUGCCCUAGCUGCCUGCAGGACAACCAGCUGGUGCCCGAUGGGGAGGAGAUCCCCAACCCGCUGGAUCCGUGCCAGUCUUGCAUCUGCAGUGGGGGAGAGCUGGUCUGCACCCCGCGGAAGUGCGUGGCUCCCCUCUGCGCCCACCCCUUGCCGGGCUCCUGUUGCCAAAACAACUGCAACGGCUGCAGCUACACCGGAAAGGAGUACCCCAACGGAGCAGAGUUCCCCCACCCCACCGACAGCUGCCGGCAGUGUCACUGCAUUAAUGGCCAUGUGCAGUGCCUCUCCCGUCGAUGCCCACCUCUGCUCUGCCCCAAGCCCACCGUGAGACCCCAAGAGUGCUGCCCCCAAUGUCCAGCCCCUCCGGCCGGCUGCCUCUACUUGGGGGUCUCCUACAAGCACCUGGAACGGUUCUACGACCCCUCGGAGAAGUGCCGCACCUGCGUUUGUGCCAACAGUACCAUCACGUGCCAGCGCCAGCCCUGCGCACCGGUCCUGUGCUCACACCCGCUGCAGCAGGGAUGUUGCCGCUCCUGUGAUGGCUGCCUUUACCAGGGCAAGGAGCUGCCCAACGGGGAGCAGUUUGCGGACCCCCAAGACCCCUGCCGCCUCUGCUCCUGCUGGGAAGGGGGCGUGGUUUGCAAGACCAAGGCCUGCCCUGCGGCCGAGUGCCCGUUCCCGGUGCCCGGGCCCUGCUGCAAGAGCUGUGAAGGGUGCGAAUACGUCUCCCAGCGCUACCUGAGCGGGCAGGAGUUCCCGGACCCCCAGGACACCUGUGGCCUCUGCUCCUGCCUGGACGGCUUCGUCACCUGCACGAGGAAGCCCUGUUUCCAGGCGCCCUGCAGCCAUCCUCUCCGGACGCCCGGCCAAUGCUGCCCUACGUGCCAUGACUGCGCCUUCCAUGGGGUCACUGUUGCCAAUGGCCAAGCCAUUCCUGAUCCAGGAGACCCUCUCUGCUCGGAGUGCACCUGUCAGGCGGGCUCGAUUCACUGUAUGAAGAAACUUUGCACGCCAGCCAGCUGUGCCCAUCCGGUGCCCGGCCCAUGCACCUGCCCCCUGUGCCAGGGCUGCAGGUUCCGGGGCCAAGACUACGGAGAUGGAGAGAGUUUUGCUUCCCCACACCAGCCCUGUGAGGAAUGCCAAUGCCUGGAAGUAACGACACCCGGGCGGGUAGGCGAAACCUCGCGCCGCCAUCGCUACCAGUUCUCCGAACCACCUGCACCGAUCGCUACCGGAUCGCCCGAACCGGUCCGAACCGGGAGCAUUUCACCCCAUGAGAAACUCUACACUAUUAACAGGACUCUUAUCCUGUACUGUCCGCAGCGUGGAACGGUGAAGUGCUCUCCCACUCCAUGCCCUCCCGUGCCCUGCCAGGAACCCGUCAUGCCCCCUGGCCAAUGCUGCCCCAAAUGCCCGGGUGCCUGCCGCUACCAGGGACACCUCUACAAAAGCGGGGAGGUCUUUAUUUCGUCCCAGGAUCCGUGCCGCAAUUGUACUUGCCAGGCAGGAACGGUGACGUGCCAGCCCAAGCCUUGCCCGCAGCAGUGUGCCCACCCCGUGCCCCCCGCCAGGGCUGCCUGCUGCCCCCUCUGUGAUGGCUGCCUUUACGAAGGUCAGGAAUACGCCAACCGAGCGGUCUUCACCCCUCUCUCUGACCCCUGCCGCCGCUGCAGCUGCCUCGGGGGCAACGUGCUUUGCGCCCCCGUGGUGUGUCCACCGGCCUCGUGCGCCAAACCCAGCCGAAAACCGGGCGAAUGUUGCCUGCAGUGCCAAGUGUGCCAGCACGCAGGUCAGGAAUAUCCCGAAGGAACCCAGUGGCUCUCGGCUUUGGACCCUUGCCAGGAGUGCUCCUGUGGGCCUGGGGGCGAAGCCUCUUGCCAGCCGGUGCCCUGCAAACCUACGCUCUGCUCGCAUCCGGCUCCGGGUCCCUGCUGCCCCAUGUGCCACGAUUGCAUCUUCGAAGGGGAGCGCUAUGCCCACGGGCAGGGUUUCCAGCCGGAGUCGUGCCUGCAGUGCGUCUGCCAGGACGGGAACGUCCGCUGUGAGGUCAUCCCCUGCCCUCCUGCCACAUGCGCCCAGCCGGUGACGGAGCCCGGAGUUUGCUGCCCCCGUUGCCAAGGUUGCGUGCACGAGGGCCAGGAUCGGGCCGAUGGCAGCAGCUGGUUUGCCCCCUCGGAGCCCUGCCAGGCCUGCCUGUGCGCAGACGGCGUCGUCACUUGCACCCGGAUCAUCUGCGUGAACUCCUGCCCUGCGCAGGUGGAAGUGCCCGGGGAGUGCUGCCCAGUGUGCGCGGAUUGCAGCUACAGGGGCCGUCAUUAUGGGCCAGGGGACAGCUUCCAGCCUGGAGGAGACCCCUGUGAAAUCUGCACCUGUCAGCUAAUGUCCGACGGCCAUCCGCACCUCCAAUGCCAUCGCAAACAGUGUCCCAGCCUGCUGGAUUGCACCCAGGACCAGAUUCAGGCGCCGGCACCUGGCGCCUGCUGCCCCACCUGUGCACAAGCCCUCAGCAACUGCACCUCCGACCUGCUGGGCAACGAGGUCCAAGCCACCCAGGAACCCUGCUACACCUGUAUGUGCCAGGAUCUGACCUGGGUCUGUGUGCACCGAGGAUGCCCUUUGCUCAGCUGCCCCAGCGCCCAACACUUCACCCCGCCGGGUUCCUGCUGCCCAGUCUGUGACGAAUGCGUGAUCGAGGCUGACGGACGGCGGGUGUCCGACGGGGAGACCUGGAAGGACAGUGCGGACAGCUGCGUGUCCUGUUCAUGCCACCUGGGACACGUGGAGUGCCACAUCCAGGAGUGUCUGCCUUUAGUGUGCCAGGAUGGCCUGGUGGAGGUACGGGUGCCAGGGCAGUGCUGCGCCGAAUGCCAAGAUCCCGGCCAGAACUGCUCCCACCUGAGCCAGGUCUUCCACUCCAACCAGCGCUGGCAGGUGGACGAAUGCACCUCCUGUACCUGCGUGUCUGGCCAGGUGCACUGUCGUCGUGAACGCUGCCCCCCCUCUACCUGUGCUGCGGACGAGACUCCAGCCCUGAUCCCCGGCGUGUGCUGCCCCCGCUGCGUCCCGCAUCCCGCCACCUGCGUGGCCUUCGGUGACCCCCACUACCGGAUGUUCGAUGGCAAAAUGAUCCACUUCCAAGGGGGCUGCAAGUACGUCCUGUCCCAGGAUUGCCAUGGGGAGGACUUCAGCAUCCAUGUGACCAACGAGGACCGUGGACGCCCGGGCGUGUCCUGGACCAAGGAAGUGACCGUGUUGAUCGGGGACACAACGGUGCAGUUGCUACAGGACGGUGUGGUCGUGGUGGACUCCCAGACGGUGACCCUCCCCUUCCUGAAGGAGCCCCACCUCUCCGUGGAGCCAAAGGGCAGCACUCUGCUGCUGAACACCAACAUCGGCGUCAAGGUGCUCUGGAACGGCCGCUCCCACCUGGAAGUCAGCGUGCCCGGAACGUACAAAGGGCGUCUGUGUGGGCUUUGUGGCAACUUCAACAGCUUCCCGCAGGACGAUCUGCGCAUGAGGUCCGGACACCUGAGCCUGUCGGACGCAGCCUUUGGGAACAGCUGGAAGGUGGCCGGUGCCAACGCUACAGGGUCCCACCGCUGCGCCGACGCGCUGGAUGCAGAUCCCUGCAAAGGAUCCGGGUACCGUUCCCGCAAAGAGGCCAACGCCCGUUGCAAGGUGCUGAAGUCGCCCCCCUUUGCGCGCUGCCAUGCCGCCGUGGCCCCGGAGCCCUUCUUCGCUUCCUGCGUCUACGACCUCUGCGCCUGUGGGGCUGCCGGCACGGACGACUGUCUCUGCGAGGUCUUGGAGGCCUAUGCCCGCCAGUGCCGCCAUGCUGGCGUGAUGCUCCAGUGGCGCUCGCCUACCCUCUGCGCGGUGGGCUGCCCCCAAGAGAGGGGCUACGUCUUUGACGAGUGUGGCCCUCCCUGCCCCAAGACCUGCUUCAACCACGCCGUGCCUUUGGGGGUGCUGGAGUCCCACUGCUUUAAGCCCUGUGUGCCAGGCUGCCAGUGCCCAGCGGGCUUGGUGGAGCACCAGGCCCACUGCAUCCCCCCAGAGACCUGUCCACCCAUCGUCCACGGCACCCUCUGAACUGGACCAUCUCAGGAGAGCUACCUACCUUCGCCCCCUUCCGGGACAGCCGUGGACCUUUGACAGGGACCUUCUCCAGCUACCGAAACACAACACACAGGUUCACACAAACCACACAGAGCUGCCUUGGUGGUGCACUCUCCCUUGGGGGAAGAGGAGGGUCAACUGAUGUGCUUGGCAAGGGCAGAAGCUGCCCCUUGUCAUGAACUCUGGGCCCCGGUGCUCAUGAACGAGAAUUUCCACCCAAUGUUCCAGAACUAGCAGAAAGUUUGAAUGAUGAACCACGAUUAAUGAGGCAAAACCAAA